AUGAUGCUAACCAGUGCAAUUGGCUUAUUCCACGGUAAAUGUCACUUACUCCAAAGGCAAGAAUUGAUUCCGGGCGAAGCGCUUCCUUUUAAAAAACUCUUCCAGGAAUCUCGAACUUACAGCCACGGCUGGUCAUUCGUCCUCGCCUGGAUCUGCGUUAUACUUUGCCUAGUCAACUCCUUUGUCUGGCUAAAUAAGGGACAGAACAGCGGUUACUUGCCCUACCGGGGUGGGUUUGGUUAUGGUGCCGACAAGUACCAAUACACGCCACCCUCAGUACCCAAAUCGGUGAUCAAACGGCGAAAAAGCUUGCAUAAGUUCUUUUCCGGUGAAACACUGGCAUCCAUGCUGCAACGGUCGAGAUCGAAGGAGAGCAAGAGGGCGGAGUCGACAAGCAGCGUUGACACCGACGACAAGAGGUUCUAUUCAGAUGACAACUAUAAUAUAUCUGACGACAGAGCUCUCAUUGUCGAGAAGAGCUGCCGCUGCACCCAGGAGGAAUGUAAUCAAUACGACGAUUGGAAUUUCCAUUGCACUCCUGAUACCUUAACACUUCUUAUUGCUCCCUUUUUCUCUUCCUCCUUCCGCUCUUUACCUCUUACUUUUCCGUGGAACUCGAACCAGGCAGCAAUGACGAACCUACAGUAUUUCUCGUCGUGGACCACUGAUGUGGGUCUCUUUGUUAAAAUGAUAUAG